AGUUAUGCAAAAAAAACUGUCCAAUGAACAAAAUGCUUGGAGUGUGGGUUUUCAGUUACUGGGUGGGAUUGUGAAAUUGUCUGCAAGUUUGCCCUAUAUAAGCUCAGUGUGUAACAGUGUUGCACUGAUUCUCAUCCAGUACGUCUGCUAAGAUUCUACAAACAGCAAUAUGCUGAGGCUCACUAUUGCCCUUUGUGUCCUGACCAUAGCCUGGGCACAAGACUGUCAAGUUAGCAAUAUCCCAGUAAAAGAGGACUUUGACAGGUACAGGUUCCAAGGAACAUGGUAUGCUGUAGCCAAGAAAGACCCAACAGGACUUUUCCUUUUGGAUAAUGUUGUGGCAAAUUAUAAAGUGGAGGAAGAUGGAAAAAUGACAGCCACUGCAUAUGGCAGAGUCAUCAUUCUAAACAACUGGGAGACAUGUGCCAACAUGUUUUCCACAUUCGAAGAAACUGAAAACCCUGCCAAGUUGAAAAUAAGAUACUGGGGUGCAGCUGCAUAUCUCCAGAGUGGAUAUGAUGACCACUGGGUCAUUGACACUGAUUAUGACAACUACGCCGUGCACUACGCCUGCAGAGAGCUGGAUACAGAUGGCACCUGUCUGGAUAGCUACUCCUUUAUCUUCUCCCGACACCCAAGUGGUUUAAGGCCUGAGGACCAAAUGAUUGUGACACAGAAGAAGCAAGAAAUUUGUCUUCUUGGCAAAUACAGGCGGGUUGCUCACACCGGUUUCUGUGAUGCCUGAUUCUAUGAUUCUCAAGGCUAUUGCCAAUAGCUUUUUGUUGCAUUUCAGUGUCAAUACAAGUGUAAAUAAACCCAAAUAUAAUUCUGAACAUAAUUCAUUAACCAGAAUAGAACCACAGAACUACAAUGAGUGAAUAAUGACUCUUUUACAAUGAUUGUUGUAUUACAUAACCUGAAUAUUUUUCAAUAAAAUGUUUAAAUUGGA